AUGGAUUUGGGAUAUACUGGUUCUCACCACAUCUGGACUAGUCGUUUAAAUGGUCAAGGACCUAAGAGAGCUAGGUUAGAUCUAGAGUUACAUAACUCAAAUUGGAUUAGGUAUUUUCCUGAAUCAAGAGUUAAACAUUUACCUUUUUUAGGUUCAGAUCACUUCCCCAUUCUUCUGUGUAGUGAGCCAGAAUUGGUGAAGCCAAGAAAUGUUUGGAAAUUCUACAGAUGUUGGUUGAAAGAUCCAAAUUGUUCAGCCAUCAUUGCUGAGGUUUGGAACUCUUCGGCUAAUGCUGGGAAUAUAUCUCAAAAACUUGGUUUCGCAAGGCGUAAACUCUCAAAAUGGAACAUAGAUCAUUUUGGUCGAAUUGAUUUUCAUAUAAGGCAUCUUAGGGAGCAACUGUCCACUUUGCAAUCACAACCAUAUUCUGAUGAUAUCUCUUGCAAGAUAAACGUCGCUAUACAGAGGUUGAAUUAUUGGAAAAAAGUGGAAGCUGACUUUUGGCACCAAAAAUCGGGAGAUAGAUGGUUGAAGGACUCAGGGAAAAAUGGGUUUCAAGCGGGAUUCUUUUUAACACAAUGGUCAACUGUAGGAAAUGAUGUUGUCAACUUAGUUCAACAGUUCUUUGAGAGGAAGAUAAUGCCACCCUCUUUAAACCACAGAGUCACUUGUCUGAUUCCUAAAGCUAGACAACCUUCGACACCAAAUGACUAUAGGCCAAUUAGUCUUUGCAACAUUAUCUACAAGAUAAUCUCUAAGCUAAUAGUUAUAAGAAUGAAGCCCCUCAUGGAUAGGAUAAUCUCUCCUACACAAGCAGCAUAUGUUCCACAAAGACUCACUAAUGAUAAUAUUGUUAUGGCACAUGAGUUGGUGCAUUCGAUGAAAAAGUCAAGGAAAAAGCAAGAUGAUGUUAUGCUGUUCUUUCAAGCAGAUCAGGGAAGCAUAGAGCAGGUUAAAUUGUGUCUUCAAAAUUUUGGUAACUUAUCAGGUCAGAUGAUCAACUUUUCUAAAUCAUCGGCUUUUAUAGCAGGGGAACUUUGUCAGAGUGAUAAACUUGUUAUUAUAGACCAAUUGGGAGUUAAAAAACUCUGUGCUUAUGAUAAGUACCUAGGAUUACCUAUUCUUCUAGGUAAAUCCAAAAACCAAUCUUUUAGCUCAAUUAAAGAUGCUUAUGAAAAUAGAUUACAAGGAUGGUGUUCAAAGACUUUAAACCAAGCUGCAAGAUCAACUUUGGUUAAGUCAGUGCUGAACUCAAUCCCCUCUCAUUACAUGAGCAACUUUAAGCUUCCAAAUAAUUUAAUUAAGCAGUUGGAUUCAGUUCAGAGAAAAUUCUGGUGGGGUCAUAAAUCAAAUAGAGGAUUAAAUUUAUUAGCAUGGAAUUCACUAUGUGUCUCAAAGGAUGAAGGGGGACUGGCGUUUAGAAAUAUUGAGAAAUUUAACCUAGCAUUAAUUACUAAACUAGCUUGGAGAUUAUGUAAUGAAGAACAUACAAACUGGGUUAAUAUCAUGAAAGCAAAGUAUUCACCAUACUGUAGUUUUAUACAUCUUCAAGACUCUCCGUCUAACUCUUCUUGGAUUUUGAAGAGCAUAGAAGUAGGUCUACAAUAUGUAAAGCAGUUUCACAAGUGGGAUGUUAGAAGUGGUGAAAAUAUAUUGGUUUGGUAUGAUAAAUGGGUAGCUGGUUUAAAUAGUCCCCAUAUACCUCGUGAUACAUUCCAUGAGCCUGCUCGCAUAGUGUAUGUUUCUGAUUUAAUGUUGAAUAACCCUGGAAGAUGGAAUGAACAACUAGUUUGGUCACUAUUCCCUGAUCAGAUUGCCCAAUUGAUUCUGAAAAUGCAACUAGUUAAACAGGGGACUGAUAAACUUGUAUGGGAGCCGAAUAGAACUGGAAAAGUUUCAGUUAAAACAGUGUAUAAAGCUAUAACACAAGAGAACCAAAACAAUAGAAGUAUACAACCCAUUAACUGGAAGAAACUAUGA